UUCCUUUUUUCAAUGUUGACAGGAUUAACAAAUGACGCAGUAGCUUCGUUUCUAUCGUUUUGCAAUUUGCAAUAUAAUUUGAUUUGGAUUUAUUUAUGUGAAAAGUAUUUAAUACCUGUCUUGAUAAAAUGUUGUGUCCAGAAGGUGAGCAGUUACAAAAUGAAAUUAGUACAAAAGAAGAAAAGGACACGUGUUGUAAGAAGAAUAAAAAAGAACCCAUAGAAGGCUCGGCAAAUAAUAAUAGUUUAGAUAUACAUUCAUACAAAAAUCCAAAGACUUGGAAAAAAUCGAUUACCAACUUUUUUCGCAAUCAACUUCGAUCGACGAAAUCAAAUGAUGGUGACAGACCUUCGGGUAGCAAUGAAAAUUUUGAAGAAAAAGAAAUAAGCCUAGAGCAAAAGUGGCAAUCUUUGGGCAAGGUGUUCCGACGUCAAAGUUUUGCUGAACAUUGGCAAAAGACAUCGAACCAACAAGGAGAAUCCUCAACUCAAAAUAAACGCCACGCUGUGAGAAAAGUGAUCUCUAGCUACUUUGGGAAAUCUCAAAAAUGUGCAAUUGAUGCAAAUGAAAAGUAGUUUUGAUCUAUACCUACUUAAUAAAAUUCAUAUUUUCAUACAACAACAAAAUGUUGUGCUU